AUGUCCUUCGGCUUCUCCAUCGGAGACUUCCUCGCGGUCGGCAAGCUCGUUGCCGAGAUCAUCACCUGCCUCCAAGAUGCCGGCGGCGCGAAAUCCGAUUACCAAGACCUGAUUCGCGAGCUUGAGUGCCUCGGGCAGGUCCUGCGUCGACUCGAUAAACUCAAGUCACAGAAUUCGAACACGAAGAGCCUCGAAUCGAUCAAGUACGCUGCGUUAAGCUGUCAACGGCCGCUCGAGGGUUUCUUGGUGAGAAUAAGGCGGUAUGAGGAUACUCUCGGUGUAAGAGCCAAACAAAAUGUCUUUGGCAAGUCAAUGGAGGCCAACAACUCCAUGCUCACCACACUCUACCAAAUGGUAUGUGGUGAUAUUUCCAGCGGCUUGAAGUCUCUCAUGAGCAUGGCAUCAACUGUCUGCGUGACAACGCAGCAAAUGUACGGGAUCCUUCUCGAAAUCAAGUCUUCCUUUCACGUUGCCGAUGCCCGAUGGAUUUGGUUCCAAGAGCCCUUCAAGGUCGAGGAUGCGUUGGGAAUCAAGUUCCCAAUUCCUGCUGAGUACAACUUCGACUUAAUCGACGCCAUUAUCAAGACGCGAUUCAAGAGUGGACCAGGCUCUCGAGAAUCUCCGGUGGCGGCAGAUUCUGUUUGGAAUGUCAAGUCUGGUUUGGCGAAUCGACCCGGAAACGCAAACGCGUCGAAGAUUUUGUCGAGCAAGAAAAUCGCCAACGUCGACGCUUCUCGACAGAACCAUCCAGCGAAGCUCACCAUGUGGGCAACUCUCAGCUCUGCAGAAGACCUUCCCUACCUGAUGAGGAAACUGGCGCAUACAAAAAUGUUCGCUGUGCUAAGCCCAACGAUGUACCAACUGCACCGAUUGAGGAAGAUUCAACUGAAUCUAAAGAUGAUAGCACCAACAUCAAACAUGCAGAAAAAGACGAGUCUCCACACGCUCUAA